AUGCAAUGCAUCACGCUAAACCCAACUACUUCUCUCAUUCACAUUGCUGCGACUCCCAAACCCCAGCAGCCACAUCAAUUUCACUCUGUAUUUAUACCCAUGCUGCGGAGUUACAUUGUGUCCCUCGUGGGGAACUGCACAAUCCUCUCUGUCAUCGGGAGCGAUCUGAGCCUUCAUGAGCCCAUAUACCAAUUCAUAUCCAUGCUGGCCAUCACUGAUUUGGGUUUGUCUCUCUCUACAACGCCAACUGUGAUGAGUGUUUUCUGGGUCAACUACAGGGAAAUCAGUUUUGGAGCCUGUUUUGCUCGGCUUUAUUUUGUUCAUUCCUUCUCCUUCAUGCAGUCCUCAGUGCUUCUGGCCAUGGCCUUUCAUGGCUAUGUGGCCAUCUGCUACCCACUGAGAUACUCCUCCAUCCUCACCAGUGCCAGGAUAGCCAAGAUCGGGCCGGCUGCUCUGUGCAGAUGCCUCUUAGGAGUGCUGCCAUCGCUCUUCUUGCUGAGAAGGUUGCCCUUCUGCCAGUCCCAUGUGCUCUCCCACACCUUCUGCCUGCAUCAGGACAUGAUCAAGCUGGUGUGUGCAGACAUCACAUUCAACAGCAUGUACGGGUUAGCUGUGGUCAUCCUCAUAGUGGUACUAGAUCCAUUGCUCAUUGUUUUGUCAUAUAUUAUGAUAUGUAAGACAAUCGUGAGCAUCGCAUCCCAGAGGGAGCGUCUCAAGGAUUUGAACAACUGCCUGUCCCAUAUGCUGGACGUCCUGAUCCUGUACAUCCCCACGGUUGGCUUGUCCAUGGUUCACUGUUUCAGCAAGCAUGCUUCCCCUCUCGUUCACAUCCUCCUGGCCAACAGUUCCCUGCUGGUUCCCCCCAUGCUGAACCCCAUCAUCUGCAGCAUAAAAAACAAACAGAUCUGCAGGGGCAUCCUCAAGGUCCUCAUGCUAAGGAAGAGCUUCUCCCCAUGGCACCACAGCACAUAA